AUGAUUCCUCCCUGCGACCCAUCUAUUCUUGAGCACAACCCUCAAUUCAAACGACUAUAUGAGAAUUUAACAACCUCCCUCCUCAAUCCAGAUGCCUCAACGCGUGUUCAAAGCGCGAGUCCAGCCCGCACAGCUGUGGUGCAAGAGCUGAAGCAAUGCCAAACUCUCAAUGCCAAAAAACGAAUCAAAGAGCAAAUGCUCCGGCAAUUGGCCUUCGCCCCAGACAGCAACCUGCCCGCGGAGUGCCGCGAUAACCUUGCUAUAGUUACCCUUUACUUGGAGACCCCAUCCAGCGCAAUCGAACCCACAACCCCAAAGCCAGAAACCGAACCCAAGAAACCAGAUGAAGCACUCACCCUCCUAGCCCCCGACAUUGAAGUCUUCUACAAGAAUAUCCCGGCCAUCAUAACACCCCUUUCUAAAACCAUCUCAUCCGCCAUUCAGGACUUACGCGCUCUAUCAACCGCAAGUACAGACCCAGCCACCGCGCUCGAUGCAGACACCUCAGCCCCACAGCAUUCCAAUCACAACGCUCGCGCUCAAGCGCGCGACCGUCGAGUCCGGACCUCGAUGGCGCCAGUCCCACCGCUCUCUUCAACACUGCAGGCGCGGGUGCGUGCGUUGCGCCACACACAGCUAUCCGAGCUGCCAGUCGCUCGGCGGAAGAUGGCUGCUACAGCGGCGGAGGUCGUUGCCGUACGGGCGCGAGUCUUGGAGCGCACUGUUGUGACUCUGGAACGGGCAAAGCAUGGGGCUUUGGCGCGUGCGACGAAAGCUAAGGCGGAGCAUUUGGCUGUUGUUGCGCAGGGGGUGGAGGGGAAAUUAGAGGUUACGAAACUGGAGAUUGCGGCUACGCUGUAUACGCCAGAAACACUUGCUGCUCUUGCUCGAUAUAGGCAGCAUCUGAGGCAGACGAGGGAACGCCUGCAGCACCGCCGGAAAAUGACGGUUCAAGAGCUGAGAGCUUAUGGUGAUGUGGAGAUGUCUGACCCGGUUACCGACAUCCAGGCGGAUGAAGGAUCUUUCGCGGAUAUUGCUCGUCGAUAUGGGGUUCUGGCAAGAGAGGUCGAAGACGUAAAGAUGGAAAUUGCACGAUUAGAGAAUUGA